GCGGGGUCGCCGCUCCUUUGAGAAGCGUUAGGCCGGGACGUGGGGACUCGGGGCGGUGCUGGGGGCGGCAGCGCGCCGCUCACACCCAUGAGGAGCCGGAAGCUCGCAGGUGCUGUGCGGUCCUCAGCGCGCCUCCGAGCCCGCCGCUGCUCAGCCAGGUUGGCCUCUGCCCGGGACGCCGGCCCCGCCACGUCUGCCAGGACGCUAUGCCAGGCCUCGUCACACAAAGCUGCGGACAGGCGAAUUUCCAAGAAGUUCAAGUAUGACAAAGGUCAUCUCGUGAAAUCAGAAUUACAGAAACUUGUCCCGAAGGGUGAAAGCCUUGGGCUGCCCAAGAUUCCCCCAAGGAGCCCUUGUAAUGAUGAGUCUCUGGGGCUCGCUGAAGACCAGGGGCUGCCUCCAGGAAAGGGAGCUGGGGCUGCUGCCCAGCCCGCGGCCACAGGGCCCCCCCUCGGGGCCCGCACAGCUGUGGGCGACGCCAGCCCCGCAGAGACUGAGGACGGCCUGUGCCUGCCCACACCCGGGGUCCUUCCAGGAGAGGAGCCUCAUGGCAGCCACGCCACACGGGGCGGGGCGGCGGAGCAGGCGCCGAGGCCCCCGCUACAGACAGACGACAGCGUCUUUCUGGACGAGGACAGCAACCAGCCCAUGCCCGUGGGCCGGUUCUUCGGAAACGUGGAGCUCAUGCAAGACCUUCCCCCAGCGUCUUCGUCUUGUCCUUCGAUGAGCAGACGGGAAUUCAGGAAAAUGCAUUUCAGAGCCAAAGAUGAUGAAGACGACGACGACGGUGCCGAAAUAAAAUGUGUUCUUAGCCAGAUGCUGAAAUGGACCCAUGAAGGUCCUCGGGCAGGACACCGGGUGCCUAGAGCGUCGACACUCGUGACCCGGAGCCGUCUCUCAGACUGGCCUCCGCUGCUCCACACGUUUUCUGGAGUCUGCUGCCGCGCCGAUGGUGCGAGCCCCCGAGCUGCCCAGGGGUCCGUGGGAGAGACCGUUCCGAAGAAAACGCCUCCCUCGGCUCUCUGGCUUUGCUAAGAAUUGAGCUUGUUUUCCAUCAUCAGAAGCGGAUCAUUCUUGUGAUUGAGUCAGCGCCAGUUCUUGAAGAACUCUCCUUUAUUUCUGUACAUGGCGCUGCUGUUUACCUCGGAAACUUGCAAAGUACAUAUAAGAGAGAAAUAAAAUCUAUUUUG